UAUCGAUAGUUCCUCGCUCAUUGCAUUGGCGUCGGUUUCAAUUUGCUUGUUUACAAUUGUUGGCUUAAAAUCGCGUACAAAAUGAAUCGUCGCAACAAACGCACAUCCUAUUUCCAGUACGAAGUGUAUCUGGACUUCAUGGAGGUUAAUCCCCUCGUGUCGGCCAACAAACUGGGACGGACUCAGGAUGGGAAAAAGUGGAAAGAGCUGAGCGAUGAACUAAACAAGUGCCCUGUUGGUCCUACAUUAGCGCCUGAAGAAUGGCGAAAGCGCCUCAAUGACUGGAAGAACAGCACACGCGCCAAGUUCCGACGCAGCCUGAGUUCGGAUGAUAAGAGCAAUAUCUUGACUCCCCUGGAAAAUAGAGCUCUCCAAAUUUUCUCCUCCGAGUCGAUGUACCGAGACGUUACAGCUCCAGUGGACAUUAAGGAAUUGGUGGAGGAGCAGAACCAGGACCAGGAAGAACCAGAUGAGGAGCAAGAGGAGGUGGAGGAGGAGCAAGAACAGUACCAGGAGUUUCUACCGGAGCAUACAACCCGAACGGUGAUCAAUGGGCACAGGUCCGGCAAACAGUUACGGCUGCAAGAUACCGGGGAGAUCAUCUAUCAAGUGUCGAAUAUCGUGUCAUCAGAACGAUCAGCUCCAAAAGUACCUGCACCUGCAAACUCCUGCGGCAAGAAAAUCGAGCAGCAGCUAAAACGAAUAUCUGAUAUUGAGGAGGCAUCUUUGCAUUUCAAGAUAGCCUGCUUCAAGUACAACAAUCCCGGAUUCGACUAUGUCCCGUAGUGAAAUCCUUCUGAUUAUCUGAUCCUGUACAUUAUAGCAUCUAAGCAUCGGGGACCUGCUAAUUCGGCAAUGAAUUAAAUGUCGAGAAACCUUAAAUGAUUGGUACAGAUAGAUAAUGAAAAAUGGUCAUAUACGCUGUUGUCCUAGGCACAUCUUUUGCACACACAUAUCGCACAUCUUUUUACCAAAUGUAUAAGCUACUUCAGCAAAAAAA